GCAGUAUUUCCGGCAGAGAGAGCACGCUUUGCAUGCUGGGUAGGGCACUUUGACGCCGGCCAUAUUGCUUUAGCGUCCUGGCUGAAGGAGAGAGGGGAGAUGAAGGGGAUUCGGACACUCAGUCAAUUAUCGACAAGGCUUUAUGCGGCUCAGGCUGCCCAGAAGGUGGAGACUACCGGGGCUGCCGAACACAUUAAGUUUCAGCCGCAGGACGUUAAGGUGACCAGGCUGCCUAGUGGACUGGUGAUAGCUUCGCUUGAAAACUACUCUCCUGCUUCCAAGAUUGGUGUGUUUGUUAAGGCUGGCUGUCGUUAUGAGACCCCGGAAAACCAAGGCGUCACCCACGUCCUCCGAUUGGCCUCCAACCUGACUACCAAAGGAGCUUCAGCUUUCAAGAUAUGCCGUGGUAUUGAAGCAGUUGGAGGCAACCUGAGUGUGGUGUCAUCCAGAGAGAACAUGGUCUACACUGUUGACUGCCUGAGAGAUGACAUUGACACAGUGAUGGAGUAUUUGAUCAACGUUACAACGGCGCCAGAGUUCCGACCGUGGGAAGUGUCCGAUCUCACGCCCAGAGUGAAGACGGACAAGGCUCGGGCAGGACAGAGUACUCAGAUAGGUGUGGUUGAAAGUCUGCAUGAAGCAGCCUACAAGAACGCUCUUUGCAACUCCCUGUACUGUCCUGAUUACAUGGUUGGCAACAUCCAGUCUGAACAUCUGCACCAGUUUGUCCAGAAUAAUUUCACAAGCGCAAGAAUGGCUCUUGUUGGUCUCGGUGUGGAUCACACUGUUCUGAAGCAAGUAGGAGAGCAAUUCCUCAACAUUCGCAGCGGCGCCGGUACAUCAGGAGCCAAAGCCCAAUAUCGUGGAGGUGAGGUCCGUGUGCAGAGCUCCAGUAAUUUGGUCCACUCGGCGGUGGUGAGCCAGGCUGCUGCGUCAGGUAGUGGAGAGACAGUGGCCUUCAGCGUUCUGCAGCACCUGCUGGGAGCUGGUCCCCAUGUCAAGAGGGGCUCCAAUACCACUAGCAAACUGGUGCAGGGUGUUGCCAAAGCAACUACCGACCCCUUUGAUGUGAGUGCUUUCAAUGUUACCUACUCUGACUCCGGCCUAUUUGGAGUCUACACCAUUGCCCAAGCAGGAGCUGCCGGCGAUGCCAUCAAGGCUGCUCUUGCAGAGGUGAAAGCGGUCGCUGAUGGUGGAGUCACAGCUGCUGACCUCACUCGGGCCAAGACAUCACUGAAGGCUCACACCCUGAUGUCUCUAGAGACUUCUGAAGGUCUGCUGGAGGCCAUGGGCUCUCAGGCUCUGGCGAGCGGCUCAUACCACUCCCCUGAAGAAUUCUCCAAAAACAUAGACAAUGUUUCCCUAGCUGACGUGGCCAACGCUGCCAAGAAAUUUGUGUCUGGUAAGAAGACCAUGGCAUCCAGCGGCAACCUCGUCAAAACGCCUUUCAUCGACGAGAUCUGAAAACCUCCUCCGGCAAAACAGAAUUUGUUUUCUUCACUGUAACAAAAAGACAAUUUAUGUGCUGUGUAUCCACUGCAUCUUGCCCACAUACAUUUUCAUGUAUAGCUAAUGUAAAAUAAUGAAUAAAUUCUAUCUGCCCGGUCUGA